AUGGCGAAGUACGCCAACCCCCCGCAGCCACCGCCGCUCUUCACCGGCACCAAGGACACCAUCGUCGCCGACGCCAAUGCCUUGUCCGACCGCACCCGCUCGCUCCUUGACUCCCUAGUUGCCAAGAUCAAACCCGCCGAUGACCCCGCGUCCGCUACAUUCGAGUCGGUCAUCCGUCCCCAGACUGAAGACGAGAACGAGGCCGCCCUCAGCGCCCGUAUCCUGGGGUUUUACCAAUAUGUAUCUGCCGACAGCGCCCUGCGCGAUGCCAGCACCGAGGCCGAGAAGAUCAUGGACGAGUUUGCCAUCGAGUGCAGUAUGCGUGAGGAUGUCUUCCGCCUCGUCGACGCUGUUUACAAGACUUCGGGCCUUGUGGAGAGCUUUGAAAAGAAUAAGGACCGCGUGAUCGAUGCGGCUCUGGCGAAGAGCACCGGGUUUGACGAUAUCGAGAGCGCGCGGCUGCUUGAGAAGGAGAGGAAGAGUUACCUCCGGAACGGCCUCGGACUACCGGAAGGCCCCAAGCGGGACCGGUUCAAGAAGAUCAAGAAGAGGCUGAGCCAGAUCCAAAUCGCUUUCCAGAAGAACUUGAACGAGGAAAACGGUGGCAUCUGGUUCACGAAGGAGGAACUCGCCGGUGUCCCACAGGAUGUCUUGGACACUCUGGAAAAAGGGACGGGCGAGAACGAGGGCAAGAUUCGCCUGUCGUUCAAGUAUCCAGAUCUUUUCCCCACGCUGAAGUUUGCCCAAACCCCGGAAACGCGUCGGAAGGUGUUUAUUCAAAAUGAGAAUAAGUGCAACGACAAUGUCCCGCUGUUUAAGGAGGCGAUCCUUCUCCGUGACGAGGCGGCCCGCCUACUCGGUUAUCCCGACCAUGCUUCGUUCCGCAUCGAGGACAAGAUGGCAAAGACCCCCAAGACCGUCUUCGAUUUCCUGGGCGAUCUCAAGACCCGCCUUGCGGCAGGAGGUGUUAAGGAAAUCGAGCACCUCUUGGCAAUCAAGAAGAAAGACCAUGAAGCUCGCGGCCUCCCGUUCGACGGUAACUACUACCUCUGGGACCAUCGCUUCUAUGACCGCUACAUGGUAGAGCACGAGUACAAAAUUGACGAGAACGCCAUCGCCGAGUAUUUCCCCCUCAAGUCGACUGUUGCGGGCAUGCUCCGUAUCUUUGAGGAGCUGUUUGGCCUUACUUUUGUCGAGCUUGGGCCGGAGGACCGCAAGCGUAUCUCCCCCACCGGCAAAGCUGAAGACAUUUCGUGGCACGAGGAUGUGAUCAUCUUCAGCGUAUGGGAUGAUGCGAGCGAGGGGGAUGGUUUUGUUGGCUACCUCUACCUUGACUUGCAUCCCCGGCCUGGCAAGUACGGCCAUGCAGCCAACUUUAGUAUCCAACCGGGCUACUUGAAGGCGGAUGGUACCAGGCGAUAUCCUGCCACCGCGCUUGUCUGCAAUUUCAGCAAGCCCACUGAGAAGAAACCGUCUCUCCUGAAGCACGACGAGGUUGUCACACUUUUCCACGAACUGGGUCAUGGAAUCCACGAUUUGGCCGGACGGACCCGGUAUUCUCGAUACCACGGCACGUCAACAGUACGCGACUUUGUGGAGGCGCCGAGCCAGAUGCUUGAGAACUGGUGCUGGACUCCCAGCCAGCUCAAGAGCCUCAGCAACCACUACGAGACCGGCAAAUCCAUUCCCGACGACUUGAUCGAGAAGUUGAUUUCCACCAAGCAUGUCAAUGACGCUUUGUUCAAUCUCCGUCAGUUACACUUUGGAUUGUUCGACAUGACUGUCCACAGCCCCAAGACGCACGAGGAGCUGGAGGCAUUGGACGUCAGCAAGUUGUACAACGACCUACGCGUGGAGAUCUCUCAAAUCAAGGGCCCCGAGGCCCAGGGUGAGGCCAGCACAUGGGGCAACGGCCAGGCCACGUUCGGCCAUCUUAUCGGCGGGUACGACGCCGGAUACUACGGCUACCUCUCCUCCCAAGUGUACUCGACCGACAUGUUCUACACCGUGUUCAAGAGCAACCCAAUGGAUCCCACGCAAGGUCGCCGAUACAGGCACACGGUGCUGGAGAAAGGCGGGUCGCAAGACGAGAUGCUGACGCUCGAGCAAUUCCUCGGGAGGAAGCCGAGUUCUGAGGCGUUUUACAAAGAGCUGGGGCUAGCGGCUUGA